AAGCCUUGCAUGUCUGAGAGACGCGAUGAACUGAUAGAGAUCGUUACCUGGAGUCCACAAAUCAGCACAUUACAGGUGAUAGAAGAAGAAAACAUUGAAAUACAUCAAAGAAAGACAACAUGAAUAUCACCAGAGGAAACGAGACGCACAUAAACGACACCGUACUGCAGGACCCCAGGGUGUGCACAGAAGGUCCCGAGCUGCGGCUCCCUGCUGUAGACGGCGUUUUCCUCGGGAUUUGCGUCUUUGGCUUGGUGGGAAACAUUGCCGUGUUCUGGAACCUUUGCUUCAGGAUCCGGAGGAACAAAUAUACAGUUUACAUCGCCAACCUCUCCGCGGCCGACACCCUCUUGAUAGCCGUGGUGAUGUUGACGUUGGUGGUCCAGAUCAGCAAUUUCUUCGGCUCACAUCCUGGGUUCGAAGUGACGUGUCCUUUCUAUAGAUUUGUGGACACAUUAUAUUACUCCCUGAUCUAUUCUGGGAAAAACAUCCUGACGGCCGUCAGCGUGGAGAGGUGUGUCUCCGUCUGGUUCCCCAUUUGGCUUCGCACUCGUCGCCCCAAGAAGUUCUCCACUAUGGCGUGUGCGGUUCUCUGGUUUCUUGGUAUCUUGGAGGGCCUCCUCGACGUCUUUGUGUGUGAUCCAGAAGCUUACAUCAAGCAUCAUCCGGAAUGUGCGGCGGUUGAAGUGAUGAUUUUUGUGUCCGCGGUCGGGAUCUGCCUACCGCUCAUGGUUAUUUCCAGCGCCACCUUACUCUACAAAUUGGGGAGGACUGUCGAUCAGGAUUACCCUUCUAGAUUGUACAUCGUUAUCAUCAUAGCAGUCAUUGUCUUUAUCCUUUCAGUGUUGCCAUUAAAUAUUUUUCGUUUUUUAAUGUUCUAUAGGCCGAUGAAAAAAGUACCGCCCAUCAAACUGAUUUUUAUUAGUCAAUAUUGGCUGGUGUUUAACAGCACGAUCAACCCUUAUAUCUACUUCCUGGUUGGGAGGAAAUGGAACCAGACCAUAUGUUGUUCCAUCAAGGAUUCCCUUCAACGAGCCUUCAUGGUGGACAUGGACAGGAUUCAUUUUUCAUCGGAAAGACAACAAGGCCGAUAAACACAUCAAAACAAUCCAACCUUACCAAUGUCUUUUGGAUAGCCUUGUGAAAAUAACAAAAAAGCCACCAGUUUUCCAGCUGCUUUCGAAAUAUGAAUUUCAAGCCAUGAACUGGAUUUUGGUUAUGGCAAGACAAGCCGACAGGAAAUAUCAAGGCCACAUCAAGACAGAUAAUCCAACCUUGCCAAAACCACCACGUUUCCAGCAGCAUCUGGUAACUUGAUUUUUACCAAGUACAGAAAUAUUAAUGAAGGAAUUUCAAAAUUUUAAUUUUAAGACAAGCCAACGGGAAAUGGCAAGGCCACAUCAAGACAAUCCAACCUUGCCAAAACCACCACAUUCCCGGCAGCAUCUGGUAACUUGAUUUUACCAAGUACAGAAAUAUUAAUGAAGGAAUUCCAAGAAUGUUAUUUUAAGACAAGUCAAGAGGAAAUGACAACGAAAAAGUCCAGACCAACAUUUUUACGUGGAGGGAAAUGACUGACGAAACCAAUGGUGUUCAAAGACAGUCUGACCAAUUUUGUACUUUCUUGGUAUUUGACUUUGCUGCCUUUUAGAGCAAAAGUUUUGUUGCCAUGUAACAUUUCUAAACGGACUAUAAUAGUGUCUAUUUAAGUGAGCUUAAAUGGCAGCCUUCAGCUCCAAGGUAAAAGACUGGCCAACAGUGGCGUAGCAUGGGGGGUGCAGAGGGGGUCGUGGCCCCGGGCGCAACAUUAAGGGGGGCGCGAAAUUUUACACCAGUGUGUGUCACUACUGGCUGCUUCCUCCUAAUUUCAAUUUCCUGUG